CAGCUGCUCUCACAGGAUUAAUCCCUCCGUCUCUCAGUGAUCUGCCCGAGCCGCAUCCAUCCUGCCUGCUUCCUCUCGGCCUCGCGCUGCUCUUCUCUAUCCACAGCGCCAUGAACAUUUUCGCUGCAUCUGCAGAAGCCACACCCCAUUUUCUCAGCCCUGACUCUAGCUGAAAGAAAGACCACGCCCCCCACCUGGACUCACCCGACCGAUCAGGGACCUGGCAGCUCCGCCCACCCCGCCCUCUCGAUGAGGGACAAAGCCACCCAGACCCCCAGGGCCUGGGUAGACGAGCGCAGGAGGGGAUCUCACAAGCGUUCGGCGUCCUGCGGCAGCACCGACCAGCUAAAGGAGAUUGCAAAAUUGCGGCAGCAGCUUCAGCGCAGCAAACGCAGCAGUCGUCAUCGACGCGAUAAGGAGCGCAAAUCGCCUUUUAACGGCAACCAUGCUAUUAUCCAAUCACAGUCUCAGAUGCCUAAAACCAUCCUGAUCCCCAUCCCCAUUUCCAAGUCAACUGCUCCUCGCUUCCGCAACAGCAUCGAGGGCCUCAACCAGGAGAUCGAACGCAUCAUCAUACGAGACACGCCGGAGCGCGACGAGGUCAUCAUUCCGCAGGACGUUCCAGAUGGACACCGCGCUCCUCCGCCCCUCCCCCAGCGCAGCAGCAGCACACGCAGCAUCGACACACAGACCCCCUCAGGAAGAAGCCUGGGUGGUAACCGUAGCAACAGCAGCAGCCGGGCGGACUCGGUGUCCCCGUCGUACCUCAGCAUCCUGAAUGACGCGAUGGGAAACAGUCCCCUUAACAACGACGACACACUCAACGAGAGCAGGGAGAGAGAUCUGGGGCCGUACUCACCCCUGCCCAAGUACGCAUCCUCUCCCAAACCCAACAACAGCUACAUGUUCAAGCGGGAGCCUCCUGAGGGCUGCGAAAGAGUCAAAGUCUUCGAGGACAACCAACCCAGGCCGCUGCAGGAGAUCCCUCCGUACCUGUGUCCAGACAGGAACAAGGUCAACUUCAUUCCUAAGAGCGGCUCGGCGUUUUGUCUCGUCAGCAUCCUGAAGCCGCUGCUGCCCACCCAGGAGCUGAACUUCCGCAGCGGCGUGUCAUAUCGCAGUCUCUCCCCUUCCCUCGUCCCUCUGAGCGGGGUCGGGGUGCGCAGCCUGUCCCCUUCCCUCGGCCCCGUCCUGACACGAGGGCGCCAGUCCCCCUGCCUCCCGCGCCACCUGGAGGAGCCCGAGGGUUAGAGUCGCUCGAGAAUCUCCACCAGUCCAGGAAUUUCAUCAUCUCCUGCAUCAUCUCUUAAAGAGACUCGUUUUCUCAUUCGAUCCAAAAUCUCAAAAGCUGUGACCGCAUCAGGUUUCGAUUUGUUUCCACUGAUCCAAAUGGCUAGCUGAAGCUUGAACAGGAGAGCGUUGUAACGUGACUUUGCUUUACUGGGUUAGGACGAGACUGUCAGGUUCUUGAUGUGUACGUAUGUAAAGUAGAGCGUUUUUUUCCCUUUCUUUUAUAGCAUUGUUUUUCAUUUUUGCUCCGAGUGCGUUAUCGCAGUUGACCAUCAGAGCUUUUCAAGAGCCAAGUUUCCUUGUACAUAUCCCUUCUUUAACUUUUCGUUUUUUGGACUCUCAGAGGAUCAUGGGACUCCAGUGUGUUGUGUGUAUCUACAGUAUGUGUGCGUUAUGAGUAAAAAGAGGGGGAAAAAAAUGUAGCCAAUCACAGGGAGGGACAAAACGAAACAAAAAAAAAGCUAUUCCGAUCACGUGCCUGGUACUCACCGUCUGUAGCAGCGAAGUCCUGAACCUGGCUCUGACCUUACCUCUCCGGGAGUCUCAUUUAUUACAUUGGUUUUAAAUUAAGGGCGGGUAAAAUUUUCUAAAUUUGUACAAACUACGCAGUGUUUAAUAAAACUGCACACACAAAAACACAACGAAUGAGAAAAAAAAGUCACAUUUACAAGCUGUGAGAUUUAAUCGAUUUUUUUUUUCUACGUCGAUACCGAACGGUUUUUUAUAAAAACUUUGAAAAUUGACAUUGAAAAUGUACACCAACUUUUCCACAAAUGACUGAAAUUUCUUUCAUUUUAAUGUGAGAUUAACACUUCUCACGCCUCGAGCUUGUAAACGGUUAGUGCAGUACCGCCACCUACUGGAUGGAGUGUGAAGUAAAGAAUUGUACGGCAUUUACGGUAAAUGUUUGUUACAAACUCUUUAGUCUUUUCAAAUCUGAUAUAGAAACAUAACUGCUUGCGACAAAUCAGACGAUAAACAUUAAAUGCUAUUAAAUCGACAAUCGUAAUGAAGACAAAAAAAAGAUUUUUAACACUUAAUUUCUAAAAAUCAACAAUCGACCAACUGUGAUUCACAGCUCCAGUUACAUUUACAUAAAAGAAACGCCUUUGAAUUUACCAUAUAUGGUAGUCAAGCAUUUUGUUGUCAUUAACAAAACAACAAACAUAAAACCUUGAACUGAAAAUUUAGUAUUUUUUACUUUUCACUCUCCCUCAGUCUUUGAUGUUAACUUGAUGUUAAUUUAAAUCGGCAACCUUAAUUUUAAAAAAGGCUUUUUUUAAAAAUAACAUGAUCAGCUGAAUUUUUUGUUAACUCAAAAAGAAAGAAAAAGAAGUUACGACUCGAAACCAUCUAGUAACUCAUCUUCUAAACUUUAUAAACGAAUUAAAGGUAUCGUUAUAAACGAAUUAAAGGUAUCUGUCCGCAUGCACGAUGGAUAAAUGAGACCCCUGGCCCCUGGUUUACUCCGCAGUGUAUAGAACCGCGUCCUUAUUCCCUUCCUCGCUCUUUAGCUUUAAAUAAAGCGCAGGUGGAACAGGAGGAUCUGGUGCUAUGUAACGUUAACCUUAAUUAUACUGUUAUUAUGUUUAGGUUGAAAUAGUUAGCGAGAGAGUAGAAAGUUUUUUUUUUAUCCUGUUUUGAGCAGACCCGAGUUGGGAAAUACGGAAAGUAGUUUUCAUCCAGAUGUUUCGCAAAGUUUAAGCGAGAAAAAAAAAGUAUUGAGAGCAAGCGAAAACAUGACUUUUAGGACAUACGGUAGCUACUUCACUCAUUUUUGUGUUGGAUUAGAGAUAUUGAAUUUAAACAUAUGUAGACGUGCAGUACACCAUGAACAACCUGCACAGGCUCUAUAGAGAAUGUUUUGCUCUACCAUCUAAUGGUGAUUUCUUAAUGUUAAUAUAUUUAAAAAAUAAAAUGAAUAAAAAUAAGGCUCAGAAAUUUAUAUUAAACGAUGGAUAAAAGUAUGUUUUAAAAAGCAGAAUGGUGGUUUUACUAGAAAGAGAUAAAGAGAGAGAGAG